CGUCUCUUAUCAAUCUACGAUCAGCUGAGAUCUACUGCCGACCUCCAGUGUCAGCAGGCUGCUUCUUAGCUGGAGUAGAAAUCUUUGCACGUUUUCUAAACAUACAUGGGAAAGAAAAUGAUGACGUCCAACCCGGGAAGUGAGCUUGAUUUGGGAUGGCUAAACUCUGUUCAUAUUAAUACUGCUGCUGUUUACCGCCGUGCAGCAAACCUUCAGUCCAGAAAGGCUGUGAAAGGGCCUUAUCAGGCUGCAUGGCUCCUCAGAGCAGUAACAUGCAUUGAUUUAACUACUUUAGGUGGUGACGAUACUGAAUCUAAUGUAAAGCGUCUUUGUGCCAAGGCUGCUCAACCAGUUUCUAAUGACAUGUUAAAUGCUCUGGGUUUUGAGACUGGAAGUAUACAGACAGCUGCUGUCUGUGUGUAUCCUGCCAAAGUUCCAAUCGCGUAUGCAACAUUAAAAAAGAUGGGAAUGGAAAAAAAAAUUAAUGUGGCUUCUGUUGCUACUGGGUUCCCCUCUGGACAGUAUCCACUGGAGACCCGUAUUGCUGAGAUUAAGUGGGCAGUUGAGAAAGGUGCAAAUGAAAUUGAUAUUGUUAUUGAUAGAAGUCUUGUGAUAAACAAAAUGUGGUCUGAGUUGUACCAAGAAAUUAAGAAAAUGAAGGAGGCAUGUGGCUCAGCCCAUUUAAAAACAAUUUUGGCAGUUGGGGAGCUUGGUUCAUUUGAAAAUGUAUAUAAGGCAUCCCUUGUUGCUAUGAUGGCAGGAUCUGAUUUCAUCAAAACUUCUACAGGCAAAGAAGCGGUUAAUGCCACUAUUCCUGUUGGAAUUGUUAUGUGCCGUGCCAUCAAAGAAUAUUGGACAAAGACUGGCUAUCAAGUCGGUUUUAAACCUGCUGGUGGAAUUCGGACUGCCUCUGAUUCUCUCUCUUGGUUAAUUAUGCUAAAGGAAGAACUUGGUAACGAUUGGCUGAAAAACUCAAUGUUCAGAUUUGGUGCUUCUGGACUACUUGGUGACAUUGAACGUCAACUGCAUCACCAUAUUACAGGGCGAUACUCAAGUGCCAAUCAGUUUUCAAUGGGCUAAGUACUGAUAAUCAUCAUUGUUGUAAAUAAGACUGAUUUAAGUUGAAACUAUUUGUUUUAUAAAAUGAACUAAGAUUAUUAUUAUUCAGUAAACUCCGAUAUAACGGACAAAAAAUCUGUAUGAAGUUUUACCGUAAUUGUCAAUUUUUAUUCAAACAAAAAUUUUUCUUUUUUUCAUUUUUUUUUUUUGUUUGGUUUAAAAUUGGCUAUUUAAAACAAAUGAUAAAUAUUUUGUCAUCAGAGAACAUGUGAAAGCUGGCACAUGAAUUCUCCACAGCCCCAGACUACAAGGCAACUUGGCCUGAAUAGACAAAAUAUUAUUGUCAAAUUAGCACAACUCAAAUAAACGAAGUCUGGAAAGUAA